AUGCCGAUUUCCAAAAAAGACAGGAUCUUGAUCGCAAAGCACGCUGCACUGUUGAGAAACUGGGUCAAAACCAAGGAGGGAGAAGCCUGGAUGGAAGCAAGAGAGUUGCAUCACCAGCAAUGGUUGGCCAGACAGGACGGAUCGGCUCAAGACAUUGACAAAGUUAUUCAGCAAAACCGCCCCCAUGGCAAAGAAGCUUAA